UGUGGCCCGUGCUUCGACUUCACGUCAACAUCAAGACGCGGCCUCAUUUCAAUAAGUGCUGUUUCUUCAACAUACAUCAGAAAUUCAGCCAUGAGAUGAAUGAAUCUGAGUUUUCAGAGUCAGGUGAUCUCAGAGAGGCACAGAAAAUUAUGCCCAGAGACAUAGAAACCGAAAUGACACAGAAUAUUGAAGAUUCCACGAAUUCUCAUUCAAACCCGAUAAAUAAAGAUGUACAAAAAGAUGAAGAGUUCGAGGAGGCUUCGGCGGUGGUUGCGAAACACGUCAAGCUCCUGCGGGAGUACAACCAGAUCAAGGAUGUGGGGCAGCAGCUGAUGGGUAUGGUUGCCGAGAAGAGGGGCGUCACUGUGGGAAGUCUGUAUGAGACUCGGGAAUUUGGAGUUGAACCGAAGGAUUGAGAUGGGGAUGCGGUGGGUUGAGAGGUGUGUCGCGAUAGCGGGUGAAGGAAGUGUGCGGCCGACUAUGGCUGAUGCUGCGUGCUUGAUCAAUCAGACACGGUUGAUGAGAACCAGAGUGCUCUCGAGACAGUAAGGAUGACGUCUACGUCUGACCUAACACCG